CUUCGCCAUCGGGGCCCCAACUCCAGCGAGCGGCUGAGUGGUCCGCAUGGGAGUUCAACGCGGGUCUGACCCAGAAGUCGACAGUUACUCCGGUGCGGUAGUUACGGAACGACACACUGAAUUGCUCGGGUGAGUGUUGGAAAGCUCUCUAACGGCUGGCGGACUGCAAUUUCUUCUGCUUUCAAAGAAAGUGUUUGAUAGUUUCUGGCCCCUGCGGUAGUGCUCAGAACGAAAGGUCGGACUGCGACCAGUUACCCUCGGCGCUAGUGCAACGAGUUCUCAGUUCGCGGUGUUGACACGCGUGUUUCCAGCUGAAAAGUGAAAAGUUUACUUUUGGUGGAUUAGAAACAGUGGCUGGAGCGCGCUUAGUUGAAUUCCCUCUGGACCUUGGAAACCAACCGACUUCACCAUUCCCGGGGAAACGAGGAUGAGGCAAAUCGGAGGAGAGAAGGACGAUCCGCUGAAACGGAUCCAAGAAGAAAUCAACGAAGUCGCUAGACGGGAACAAGAGUUGCGUGAAAAGAUGCAACUCCAACAAAAGUCCACGGACUCACAUGAAAGUCCGUCUCCGAUGCCAGCCGAUGAGGCUUCAAACUGUGCAGGCACAGAAGAAGUUCACUCGGACGAUUCAGGGAUUUCAGCUUCAUCGAGUCCCAUCAACGGGACAUCUGCCAAUAUGAAGCCGGCUUACAUUCGACCAAGCAGCUACUCGGUCAGCGCCAAAUUGCCACAACAGAAAUUUCUGCUUCGCGCAAGCUCCACACCACAAAUCACAUUGACAGGGCGCCGUUUCAACAUAAGCCCCGCCCAGAAGGGAAUUAUGCAAAGAUUCAUCGCUUCCAGAGGGAAACUGGGAACGCCGUCACCCCCAAACAAUCAGUAUAUGCACUCGGCUCCGAUCCAAGGACGAGAUAACGGCAAUCCUUUGACUAUUGAAUUAAACAGGAAUAACUUAGACUUCCUGAAAGCUCCGAUUGUGACACCUCCAAUUAUUGAGCGGGAUCAGGAUGGGCGGCCUAUUCGCAGAGGCUUUGUUCCGGUGGAGGAGAAAAUUCAAAAGGAAUUGAGAGAUUUGAAGACACGAGAGUCAGAAUUGAAGCGUCAAAGGAAGCUUAGACAAUCACAACCUGAUAUUCUGGAUUCUAUUGAAGAUGAGGAAUACCAAUCUGACGACUCCGAUGUUGAGCAUUGCUUCGCUCCUGGAAAACUUCGCGCAACUAAAUCGAUCAGUGAACUCUGUGAUAAUACAAGCAUUUCACCAAGCAUUACACCCAGUCCAAAUUUCGAUCGCAAAACACAAAACCAUCAGGGGAUGCGCCCAGCUAUCUCUCUUGCCCAACUAUGCGAUCUGGAUCCAGAGGAAGCGCCAUCAUCACAUGACCUCAUUGCCAAAUGGGAAAGCCUCAUUCAGAAAAAUGCCUGAAUUGCGCAAACUUUAUUCACAAAAGAUAAUACGAGUAAGCAGACCAUCCAUUACUAUCUAAUGCUUGGAUGGUUGAAGAAAGUGAUUGUUAUUUCCCCCUGUUAGCCACACGCAUAUUUAUGAAUAAAUAUUAUUGAUUUGUAUUUAAA